AUGGCAGAAGCGCCAAACCGGAGCCCAGAAAUAAGGAAGGACACAGUGAACAAUCGGUGGGUGAUAUUCUCUCGGGCGAGAGCUCGUCGGCCGUCCGACUUCAAAUCCAAACCAAACCCAAAUACCACCUCCAACAACAAAUCGGUUUGCCCAUUCUGUAUCGGUCACGAGCACGAAUGUGCACCGGAAAUCUUCCGCGUCCCAGCGGAUUCUGCCUCCUCCGAUUGGAAGAUCAGGGUCAUUCAAAACCUAUACCCAGCUCUAAGUAGAGACAUUGAUCCUCCUCCUACGUACCCUAGUCCUGAGUCUGAUUCUGGGGACGGUGAUGUGAAGGUGAGUGGGUUUGGGUUUCACGAUGUGGUGAUUGAAUCUCCGGUUCACCCGGUUCACUUGUCCGAUCUCUCUCCGGCUGAGGUCGGUGAUGUUUUGCUUGCUUAUAAACAGAGGAUUCUACAGCUUCGGUGUUACGAUUCCAUCAAAUACGUCCAGGAUUAA